UUGGAGCCGUUUCAGUUGAUUUUUGUUACUCCUUGUGAUUGUUAUGUGUUUGCGGUCGUUUUAAAACACUAAAAAAUAAAAUAAAACGUACAACUGUGUAAGUUAAAAGUUGUAUUAAAAGCGUCAUUACACGGGGAAAAUCAUAAGUGCGCCAAAAAUAAAACCAAGUUACCACAGUUUACUCCGGACAUUGGCCAAAUAAAAGUGCAACAUCCUUGAAAGCGCGAAUCUGGUACAGCCGCUUCGCUUUGUGUAAAAAUGCACACAUACUGGAAUACUUAUUAAUUAUAUAUAUAUCUGUCUUCUUAAGAAAACAAAAACUUAAUUAACAUUAGCUGUGUGCCGGCUUGAUAACACAACAAAACCCUCAAUUUGUCAUCUAAUUGGUUUACUAAAAGUUUACUUUGGAAUUACGGUGUGCGAUAAGUAAUUGUGUCUAUAGAAAGAGUUAAUCGCUGUGUAAAUAAAUAACAGAAUUACAGCGGUGAAUGUGGAAGGCGCCUUAAAUAGGAAAGAAAUCAAAUUAAUUUCAACAGAAACACCAAAAGAUUACUUCGGCAGCUCGAGUAAAGGCGGUAAAAAUAUGUCGGAAACGAAAGUAGAUGAUAUCAGUAAACAUCGCGUACACUUUGAUUCGGACAAUCUGAAGGAUGAUCUCGAAUCGGGGCACAGUGUCACCUACGAUCGGUGCGAUGAUGUCAUAUUCAUAAAAUUGGGUUUCCUCCAAGUGAAUCACAGAUAUAAAGUCGAUUUGAAAUUACCCGUUGAAUUAUUCGACAAAGGCACCACAUUUAAUCCUUCCCUGGAGUCGUCGAAUUUCAAUCCAAAUUGCCGCAUAUCGACAUUUGCCGGCGUUAAUCAUCCCGAACAGGAUCAUUUCGAAAUGCAAAUUGAAUUCUUUGCCUACAAAGAAAAUCUACUACGCGAGAUGGUGAGCAUCGUCAAUGCGAAGGACUCAAAGGAAGUGAUUAAGCUGAUGAUAAUAGCGCGAGCGUUGGGAAAGGGCAAGGGUACGCCGCUGCUGCGUAGCGGUAUACAUUGUUUGGGUGAGGAGGACCCUGAAGAGUCGGAGUCUGAUGUACCACGUUUCGACAAGGGCGACUAAAGGGGAAAGGAGUGCGUGCUGCCAAAUAACUUAUUUGAAAUUGUAUUAUACAUGAGAAAUUCUAAAAUAAAUAGCUAACUUUGUAUAUGUAUAUCGCAGUCUUUAUGUACCGUUUAAUUAAAAAUUUCGUCGAACAAAAAGUUUUAAAAGCAAAUUAAAAAUUGAAAAAAAGGAGAAAUAAACUAACACGUUAUUUGUAUAAAUAUUAAUAUAAUAUGUACUUAAGUGUUAAGCAUUUAUGAAAAUAAUCGUACAGGUGAAUUUAUUAAUUAACGACGCUAUUUAACAGAAAAUAAAUCCACUGAAAAUUCUAUUUGUACUUAGUUAUUAGUGUAAAUUAUGCGUCGACCGCCUUGUAAUGCAACUUUAUACAUCACUAAAUGCAAUAUUAUACACAUACAUGCAUGUAUACUUAAAUACAUAUGUACGCAAACAUACCCACACACCUGCCUAUAUAGAAACAUACUUACUUUAAGACAUAGCAAGCGUUUUGUGUGCAAAUUGAGCGUAUUUAUUACUCAUUAGAAAGAAAAAUGGUGAAAGUAGAACAAAAACAAGUUAAACUCGCCAUAAAAUAUGGUAAAAUGUAAAAUAUAGUACUCUUUUGUAUGGAGUGUUCUCUAAUUUGUUGUUACACAAUUUGUACACGAUCGAAAGUUGUUCUGUAAUUCCAGAUGGGACGGAAAAGCUGCAUUUUAUCUCAACGGAAAUUAAUUGUAUUUGUAAAUUAAUGCUAAUUCUUUAAUAAAACUUUUAAGUUAAAAGUU